GAAACCGCCCAUCACACACCCCAGCACACCAGCGCAGGAAACUUAUAACCUCGGGAGGCAGGUCCCUCCCCUCACUGUGGUCACAAACCUCCAGAAGAGCAGACCGGGCAGCUGCCAGCUCCUGCCACUCCAGGCACCUCCUUCGCCGGGACCCUCAGGACUCCUAACUCACCAAAUCAUCAAAAAGCCAAGAUGUUGGUAUUACUGGCUGGCAUCUUUGUGGUCCACAUCGCCACCGUCAUUAUGUUAUUUGUUUCCACCAUUGCCAAUGUCUGGGUGGUUUCAGAUAUUACAAGAGCAUCAGUAGGUCUUUGGAAAAACUGCAGCAACAGUCACUGCGAGGGAGCCCUGUCAUAUGCCGAUGAAGAUGCGCUCAAGGCAGUGCAGGCCUUCAUGAUCCUUUCCAUCAUCUUCUCCGUCAUCUCCCUCGUGGUCUUCGUGUUCCAGCUCUUCACCAUGGAGAAGGGAAACCGCUUCUUCCUCUCGGGGGCCACCAUGCUGGUGUGCUGGCUUUGCAUUAUGGUCGGGGCGUCCAUCUACACUCAUCAUUAUGCGAAUGGUUAUGGAACUACAUUCUCCCAAAGCCACCACGGCUAUUGCUUCAUCCUGACCUGGAUCUGCUUCUGCUUUAGCUUCAUCAUUGGCAUUCUCUACCUGGUCCUGAGAAAGAAAUAAAGCUGAACAUGUGUAUGGGGAUCUGGGGGUGGGGUGGGGAGGAGGGAGCUGUGAAAUCUGGGAGGGAAGUGAAAGUUGCCCUACAGGAAAAGCCAAGCCAGGGGAGGGGGGAGGGGGAGGGGGGACAUGAGGGUGGGAGAGGCUUGAAACCCAAACCUUUACUCAGGAGGUUUUCUAAUGUCAAGCCCCUGCCCUUGGGAGAAAGUAGUUGGCUAGAACUUCCAUGCUCCCUUGAUGUGGGCCAGAGAGCCUCUCUCCAGCCACCAGUUCUCAGUUACACACACUGCGGCGGGGGGCCCACCAGCUGCCACACCACUGGCUCCGCUUCUGAGGGUGAAUUCUGGGUCUUGCACUGUGGUCCUCAGACCUAUUGCACCAAGUUAAAAUAGUGGUACCAGUUCCAACAAGGGCAGAUAUUGUUUUUGUACUGAGUAUGCUAAGCCUGGAAGCCCUCCUGCCCUCCUGACCCAAAGCAACACAUCACAUUCCAGUCUGAAGGGCCCACAGGAGGGCUUCGGCUAUCGAGCCAUUAUCCCUCUUGAAAACAGGUAUUUCGCUCUGUGCAGUUCAGUGGUAUUUGUGACAAAAUGGUCGGAAGGGGUAUAGUCGUGAAGCCAAGUUGGUGGGUUAGUUAAAUCAAGAAAGAUCUUUUCACAGUGGAAGGCCUGGGAAGUGGGGAGAGGGGGAGAGACAGGGUGGUCGAACCCAGACCAGCCCUCACACAACUGUCCCUCCUGGAGACUUCUUGCUACGGACUUUUCUAGGCCUCUUGCUUAGAGCCAGGGCGGCUCUUGUGGAGUUUCUGUAAUGCCACAAACGAAAGCACCAUACUAGUUAUGGGCUCACGGGGCAGUCUUGCAACAAUGCUAUAUUAGGGUUAUGAUGUUAGGAUUCCCUCUCCCUGCAAGCGAUUAUUCUUUUAAAUAUAGAAUGAGAGAGACGGACAUAGCUCCUUGUAACACACUCUCUUACUCUCCCUCGAAAUUUAUAAACUUUGCAGGAUGUUUUAUCUAAUUAUCCAUAUUGGGGACCAGAGGCAACUCUGGCUUUGACACUGGCUGGAGUGGUCAGCUUUCAGAAAGCCUGCCUAUCCUGCUUCGUAGGUGAGGCAAGACAUUUCUGGAAGGUUAUUGAAACACACACAAACCAAAACCAAACAAUAGGUCCUUGGGUGAAAGGUGCUAUGUAAUUGGAAAGUGUUAAGCAUAUUAGAUUUAAGUCAUGAUAAGAACAGAGUGCCUGUGCUCCCAGGAAAAUAAGGACAUUUCUGUGAGAUGUAAAAUUAUAGGUGAUGGGCAGGUAUUUUCUUUAAGGAAAACACACACACACAAAUCUCUGGUGGUGCCCAGUCAGAUGGUAAUUGAUCUGCCUGUUGCCACAGAGCUUUUCUAUAUAGGACUUAAAGGUAGUAUGUUAUUCCUGGUUAAGCAGGCACUACUCUAGCCUGGAGCAGCUAUUUUAAGCCAUCUCGAUUCUGCCUAAAGGGUUUAUUUUAGGAAGACAUUUCCUUGAUCACCCUGAGAAGAUCUACCUUAGGGAGAAUCUGAGACAUCUUGCCUACUUUUCUUCUCCUAGCUCUCUCCUCAUGUCAUUUCUUAUAUACUUUGCCUUUUUGGGGAGUUGUUAUGCAAUGAAUGCUAGUAUUUAUGUAAAAGGACUCUUACUAAGUAUAUUUCUCUAUGUUCAUUCUGGUUAAGGGAAUGUUGAGGACAGACCACUGAAUUAUCUGGGCUGAAGGUAGCGAGGCUGGCAAGCAAAAACUAUGGGAUAAUAAACUUUUUAAUUAUCAUUUAAUUAUCACAUGAUUAUAGAAGGCUGUCUUAUGUGCAGAAGCAUACUUACAUAUCAGAUAUAUUCAAAAGAGAUAAUCGCAUGUUAAAAAGUCAGACUAUAACUGGAGUGAACCAUGUAUUCCCAUGUCUUUUACUUUGUUUCUGUGCCAUUUAUGUCUCAUGUAACUGCAUUACAGUGGUGGGUUGUUCUAGUACUGUAUUUGGCUUCUUCUUUAAUAGAUUGAUAUUUCAUAUACUAUAAUUGUAAAUAUUUUGAUACAAAUGUUUAUAACUCUAGGGAUAUAAAAAUAGAUUGUGAUUCCCUUCA